GCUUUCCCUAGCAGACACAAAAGUCGCCAACCCUCUGCCCAAAUCACGAGCGCCAUCGCUUGUUAUAUAACCUAAUGCUACCCAAUCAUGCCUUCGAAUAGUGAAUACACCAUCGGCUGGAUCGCGGCGAUUGAGACCGAGCUCGUUGCCGCCUCGCUAUUCCUUGAUGAAGCACACGGGCCCCCUGAAAGCCAAGAUGCGAACGAUUCCAACGUGUACAAACUAGGAAGCAUGGGACGCCACAAGGUCGUCAUUGCAUGCCUGCCUCAAAGCGAAUAUGGCCUAUCAUCCGCUGCCGUGGUUGCUACAAAUAUGCUGCGCAGCUUUCCCAAUAUUCGGAUAGGGCUGAUGGUUGGCAUCGCCGGCGGCGCUCCAAGGGAUGGACAUGAUAUACGCCUGGGCGAUGUCGUGGUCAGCGCCCGUAGCGGUGCUAAAGGCGCUGUCUUCCAGUAUGACUACGGCAAGGCGAUCCAGAAUGAACCUUUUACUUAUACCCAGCUGUUGAAUCAGCCACCAGCAAUCUUGCGCGCGGCUGUCACUAGUUUGUCGGCACAACACCAGCAGGAAGGACAUGAUUUCGAAUCCCAGAUUGCUCGAAUUUUGCAAAAGCCGCGACUUAAGAAAUAUCGUCGUCCGCCACCCGCCAGCGACAAACUGUGCAAGCCAGACGUCGUGCAUUCCAGCAGCUGUACCAAAGUAUGUGGCGGGAAUCCCGAACACCUCGUCACCAGGGAGCCUCGGGAUGAGGACGAGGAUGAUCCCAUUGUUCACUACGGUAUAAUUGCAAGCGCGAACCAAUUGAUGAAGGAUGCCGAAGCUAGGGAUAGGCUGGCGGCGGAGCACGAUGUUCUUUGUUUUGAGAUGGAAGCGGCCGGCUUGAUGAACAACUUCCCUUGUCUUGUUAUCCGUGGAAUAUGCGAUUAUUCCGACUCACACAAAAACAAAGAGUGGCAAGGCUUUGCCGCCAUGAUGGCUGCAGCUUACGCAAAAGCUCUCUUGGGGGUUAUCGUGCCUGACAGGAUUACGGCAGAGCGAACCAUAAACGAGGCAAUUGGUUCAGUCGAGAGAAAGGUAAACAUGGUCGAGGAAAAGGUGACCACGCUUCAGUCCAACGCACACAUCGAAAACAUAAAGCGUUGGCUCUCUCCUGCCGACCCCUCCACAAAUGCCAACCGCGCAAAAGGACUCCGCCAUCCGGGUACAGGCACUUGGCUUCUGGAGAACCAUAAAUUUAAAGAGUGGCAAGAUGGUCCCUGCCGCCAGCUGUGGCUCCGAGCUCUUGUGGGGUGCGGCAAAACCGUCCUUUGUGCGGCCGUCCUGGAACAGCUCGCCCAACUGGAUUGUCUGGUGCUCAGCUUUUUCUUCGACUUUGGUGAUGCCGCAAAGCAAACUCGCGACUGUAUGCUGCGGGCACUGGUAUUCCAGCUAUACCUUAAUCAGCCUGAAUCCCAAUCUAGGGAAUAUCUUGACAAAUUGUUUCAAACAAUUUGCAAGGGCGGGGACCGACAGCCUUCGGGAGAUGAACUCUGGGAAUGCUUGAAAAGCAUGCUCAAAACAGCCCGAAAAAAAGUCUACAUCGUGUUGGACGCCUUGGACGAGUCGAAAACGAGGAGAGAACUUACGAUGUGGAUCAAGGAUGUUGUAAGCGGGCCGGAGUUGCAUCAACUGCACCUAAUAUUUACCAGCCGGCCAGAACCAGAUUUUGACUGCAUUCCAUCUUUGAUCGGAAGAGACAACUGUCUGGAACUAGACAAGGAGGCUGUAAACGCCGACAUCCGUGCCUAUGUUCUGUCAAGACUUGAGAAUGAUGACGAGUUUGUAAACAAAAAACUGCCUGAAGACCUCAUCGAGGACAUUAGCAAUCGCAUCGGAAACGGAGCAGAUGGCAUGUUUAGAUGGGCAUCUUGUCAGCUGCAAACUUUGUCGGAAUGUGCGAGCGUGUUUGACAUAAGAUCCGCACUCAGAGAUUUGCCACGCGACCUCAAGGAAACAUAUACACGCAUGGUGGAGAACAUUCCAGAACCAUUCGAAAAGGCCGCUAUCCGUCUCCUUACCUUUCUCGUCCAUUGCGAACGACCUCUUAAGCUGUCAGAGGGAAAGGAUGUCAUAGCCACUACUGAAACGGAACCUGAAGGCUUCGACUGGGACCGAAGACCGUUUGAUGAGGCUGUGCUCCGGCAUUGCCCCGGGAUGAUUACAAUCAUUCUGGUACAGACGUACGAAGGAAUAAUCUAUGAGUUGCACCUUGCUCACUUCUCAAUCAAAGAGUUUCUCCUCGGCCGAACCAACUUCGAAAUCCCAACUGCAUGCAUUUGCAUCGUCAAAACGUGUUUGUUAUAUUUGACGUUUAUCCCAAAAUAUUACGACGAUAUUAGACUGGAUUUCCCGUUGGCCCAACUUGCAGCUAGACUUUGGACGACUCAUGCAUAUCAAGCACAGGCGUCAGACGAAGCGUCAAAGGAGAUUACUCCAGAUGUAGUAAAAUUGUUUCAAAGCUACGGAACUUUCCAACUUUGGGGCCAGUUAUACCAACCAGAGUAUCCCAAGUAUCCCUCCCUAAGGCCACCGUCUGGAUCAGGGCUUUACUACGUUUGUUUUAUGGGGCUAAAAGAGGUGGCGAUACAUUUCCUGCAUAAUGGGGCCGACGUUAACGCGCAGGGUGCCCGGUAUGGCAACGCCCUGCAAGCCGCCUCUUGUCAAGGCCACGCGGAUAUUGUUAUAUUGCUAUUGGAAAACGGAGCCGACGUUAACGCACGGGGUGGCCGGUAUGGCAACGCCCUGCAAGCCGCCAUUUGUGAAUACUACACGGAUAUCGUUACGUUGCUGCUGGAAAACGGAGCCGACGUGAACCUACAGGGUUGUUAUUAUAAAAGCGCCUUGCAAGCCGCCAUUUAUGAAGGCCACACGCAUAUCGUUAGAUUGCUGUUGAAAAACGGUGCCGAUGUUAACGCAAAAGGCGAUGGCGAGUUUCAGAGCGCCUACGAGAUUGCCCGCAACCUCUACAAUAAAGAUAUUGUUCAGUUGCUUCAACAUUACAGGAGGAAAACACAAUAG